UGCAAGCCCACGAACUGCAGGCUGUUCGCUGUGUUUCUGCGCAACUUCUGUCACUGAAAUCCUGGGCAAAAAAAGAAAUGGUUCACGUCAGUCGGCGUCACUCUCGCUACGUGAUAGCCUCCGUUCCCUGGGGGUGUGAACCGAACCGGCUCGGCUUUCCGCAGACAAUGAAGCGGGGGCCGCCUUCUGCACGCACGCUGCUCUGGAAGUGCGCAGGUAAACGGCUCCGGAGCGUCGGCGACCGGGCUGCCUAACUUCGCUCCGUUGUUUUUUUUCUUCUCUUCAGUCUUUCGAACCAGAUUUUGUCACAUGACCUUUAGUUCAAUUGAAGUAUUUACGAAUUCGGGGGGAAAAAAGAAACUUAAUUAUAAAUUCACAGCGGAGGAUCUUUUAUUCUUUGCGUCACUCGCAAAGCAGAAAUUAGAAAAUGUCAGCGUUUGGGUCCUCAGAUUACUUAGCCGCUGAGUUGCUGGUGCUGAUGUCGAAUGGACCCGUCCUGCACCCUUCUACCCCUGCAGGCCUGGGUCCCCUCCAGGGCCUUACGCGGGCCGAUCCGGGUCAGGGGUCGAGCGAGGAUAGGGAGGUCUAUGAUACAUUAAAGAAGGGACGCGACAUUAUAACCGUAGCCGCGAGUUUCGCGGAGCUUCGUGGCCAGUUUCGCCCGAUGUCGACCUACUCGGAGAGCAGCAACUCCUCCGCGGGAGACCCUGACAGCCUUUCGUGCGGCGAGAGCGGCUACACCACGUUGUCUGAGUCCACCACUCCGACCCCCACGAUGACUCCUUCCGCCACCCCGACGCCUGGGCAGCACGACCUCCCAGCGCAGCCCCGUGGCGUGGGGGCGCCGCGGUACCCCUGGAAGCGACACCCGUGUACCUUUGAUGGAUGUGACAGAGUCUACGGGAAAUCGUCCCACCUGAAGGCGCACAUCCGGACCCACACAGGCGAGCGGCCCUUCCCUUGCACCUGGUCCGGCUGCGAGAAGAAGUUUGCCCGCUCGGACGAGCUGGCACGCCACACGCGCACCCACACGGGCGAGAAGCGCUUCCAGUGCCCGCUCUGUGAGAAGCGCUUCAUGCGCAGUGACCACCUGGUGAAGCACGCCCGCCGCCACCCCUCCUUCAGCCCCUCCAUGAUCAGCCGCCGGGGGCCCCCUCCGGCUCCCACUCAGGGGCUAUAGCUUGCCCCCCCUUGCUGGAGUGAUCAGUGAUGCCGGUCUACAGCCCCUUAGACUGGAUCGGCCUGCCUGCUUGGUCUCCAUGGCGAUCGGGGGCGGGGUCACUUCCCAUGCAAACCCCACUGCUGUGGAAUACAGAUAUAAAGCACAGCUGGACUGCUCUCCCAAAUCUGCAGAAUGACAACCUGCGUAGCAUAUGUUUAAAAAUCUGGUGGUUUAUUAGGGUUUUUUGGGGGAGGGGCCAGUGCAGCCAUUGCUGCUAGAGUACGCCUCUGCUGUAACGGCAGCUGGAGUUCAGAAGGGUGCCCAGUGCGGAAGUAGCAGCCAUCGUCUCCCAUUACUGCUUCUGGCUGUGAUCACGGCGAAAGGCGCCUGACACUGUCCUGUGACUUUUGCCUUCCUGCGGCAGGUCGUCUGCCCCCCCC